GAUCAGUGUGGAGCUGCCAACGCAGUGAGGAGAGAGAUUCCCUGUGUCUUCUUAAAUACCGCUAAAUAGACGCCUCUCUGAAGAAUUAACCCUUCGAAAAUCACAGUUAAUCUACGUCUGUUGUAUUUGUGUUGGCUUUUUGGCGAGUAUUUUUGUCGGUAGAUUUUCGGCAUGAAGAUUUUGGCAUCGGAGUAGGAGUAGGGCACACAGCUGAGACCGCGACCCAGAAUGAGUGGAGGCAACACGGGUUCUGGAGCGGCUCCCUGCCGCUUCGCCCAUUACUUUGUGAUAUGCGGUAUAGAUACGGAAACCGGUCUGGAACCCGACGAAUUGGCAGCUUUGUACCAAUGGCUUGAGGCUGACCGUCAGGGCAGGAGCCCAGAGACUGCAAAUGAAGGGGAGAACUUUGAGCAGAGCCCCCUCAAGAGGACCUUCAAGUCCAAGGUGCUGGCCCACUUCCCGGAGAACGUGGAGUGGAACCCCUUCGACCAGGAUGCCAUCAACAUGGUGGGUGCAGACGGGCUGCGGGGUGAUUGGGCGGUUUUCGGGGAACGCAACGCAGGCUAUUGGCUCACGAUGGCUUCUGUGCAGGAUUGUAUGUAACGGGCUGUUUGUAGGCCCUGGUU